AUGCUCGUUACAAAGACCACAAUCCUUACUUACUUCGCAGCUCAGGCAGCGGCUAUGCCAUUGAUCGCCAGAGCUGUAGACGCCGGAAAUAUUGUCGCCCGGGGUGAUAUUGACAAGGACUUUGCCUAUUAUAUUUUCAAAAGAGACGCAGAGACUAAGAAGCAAUCGGAAGUCAUAAACGUCGUGGAGCCUGAGAAGGCAGGGGACAUUGACAAGGACUUUGCCUAUUAUAUUUUCAAAAGAGAUGAGGAGGCUAAGAAGGAAGCGGAGGUCAAAGGUGUCAACGAACCUGAGAAGGCAGGAGACAUUGACAAAGACUUUGCCUAUUACAUCUUCAAAAGAAGUGCCGAGAAGAAGGUGAGCCGCGCUCCUUGGGAUGCCGAGCUGGACUUUGCCAACUUUGAAUUUAAGAACCGUCGGGAGGAGCCUAAGAACAAAGAGUAA